AUGGAAACGAAAGACAAAAGAGAAACGUACGGAGAUUAUCAAGUGAUGAAACAAGGCGAAGAAGAAAGACAUGCGUUUUUUAAUUCCGACAACGUUUUCGGUUCAAACUCUUCGUCUCCGACAGCAACAAUCCUAAACCCUAAUCUCAAGUUUAACCCUUUCUACAGCCCUAAUUUCCCUUACAUGAUCCCGGUUCAAGAGUGCGGGAUGAUGAGCAUGAUCGGAAGCGGGUCGGGUGUGUCAACCGGGUCGGGUCAUAACCUAUUUGAGGGUACUGCAAUCGAACAAGAGCCACCUCCUGCUAAGAAGAGACGUUACCGGCAUAGACACAAUCUUCAUCAGAUUCAACAAAUGGAAGCAUUGUUCGAAGAAAAUCCUCAUCCGAGUGAGGAGAAGAGAUUAAAUUUAAGCAAAGAACUUGGUCUCACGCCUCAACAAGUCAAGUUUUGGUUUCAAAAUAAACGUACUCAACUCAAGGCACACCAAGACAGAAGAUAUCAUGUAAUGCUAAAAGCAGAGAACGCUACUCUUAAAGUAGAGAGUCAAAAUCUUCAGUCCAGUUCACUAUGCCUCUCUUGCUCUUCUUGUGGCUACAACCUCCGUCUUGAAAACAUUCGCCUCCGCCAAGAGCUGGAUCGGUUACGCCACAUUGUUUCUAUGAGGAACCCUCCUCCUUCACAAGAUAUUGCCUGUUUCUUCCCGGAGACUAACAACGACAACAACAAAAACAUGUUGAUUGCAGAAGAAGAAAAGGCGAUUGCAAUGGAACUUGCGGUUUCUUGCGCUCAAGAAUUAGUAAAGAUGUGUGAAACAAAUGAGCCCUUGUGGACUCAGAAGAGAUUAGAUGAUGAGAAUGGGUGUCUGAAUGAAGAAGAGUAUAAGAAGAUGUUCUUAUGGCCUCCAAAGACUGAUGAUGAUCGUUUUCGCAGAGAAGCUUCAAGGGCUAAAGCAGUUGUCAUGAUGAACAGCAUAUCCCUCGUCCAAGCAUUUCUUGAUGCUGAUAAAUGGUCUGAACUGUUCUGCUCAAUAGUGUCAAGCGCUAAAACGAUUCAGGUCAUUUCUUCUGGAGUUUCUGGGGCAAGUGGUUCUCUUCUUUUGAUGUAUGCAGGGUUACAAGUAGUAUCUCCAUUAGUACCAACAAGAGAAGCUUACUUUCUUCGAUAUGUAGAGCAAAAGGCGGAAGAAAGAAAAUGGAUGAUUGUGGAUUUCCCGAUCGAUAGCUUUCAUGGUUUCAUCAAACCAGCUUCAACUGCUACUACUACUGAUCUAUACAGGAGAAAACCUUCGGGUUGCAUCAUUCAAGAAAUGCCUAAUGGAUACUCUGAGGUGACAUGGUUAGAACACGUGGAAGUAGAAGAGAAGCACGUGCUGGGCGAGGUUGUUAGAGAGUAUGUGAAGAGCGGUGUAGCCUUUGGCGUUGAACGGUGGCUAGCUGUGUUGAAGAGACAGUGUGAAAGAAUGGCUAGUCUCAUGGCUACAAACAUCACUGACCUUGGAGUGAUACCUUCUGUAGAAGCGAGGAGGAACUUGAUAAAGCUGUCACAGACAAUGGUGAAGACUUUUUGUCUGAACAUAAGCAAUUCAUACGGACAAGGAUCAACAAAGGACACUCUGAGAAUCUUGACCAGGAAAGUUUGUGGUGGUCUUGUUCCUUGUGCCGUGUCAGUCACGUAUCUUCCUUAUUCUCAUCACAAAGUCUUUGAUCUUCUCCGCAACAAUCAACGUCUUUCUCAGCUGGAGAUCUUGUUCAAUGGGAGUUCAUUUCAAGAAGUUGCUCAUAUCGCAAAUGGAUCACAUCCUGGAAAUUGCAUCUCUCUUCUUCGAAUCAAUGUGGAGAGCAAUUCAUCGCAUAACGUAGAGUUGAUGCUUCAAGAAACUUGCACCGAUAGCUCCGGCAGUCUCCUGGUGUAUUCCACCGUCGAUGCCGACGCAGUUCAACUCGCUAUGAACGGCGAGGAUCCUUCUAAAGUUCCCCUUUUGCCUGUUGGAUUCUCUAUUGUUCCAGUGAAUCCAUCCGAUGGCGUCGAGGGCAUUUCUGUCAACUUGCCUUCGUGCUUACUCACCGUUGCGAUACAGGUCUUGGGGAGCAACGCCGUCGCCGCCGAAAGACUCGAUCUUUCCACCGUCUCCGCCAUCAACAACCGUAUUUGCGCCACUGUCAACCGUAUCACUUCCGCGCUCGUGAACGAUGUCGGUAAUUAG